AUGAAAAGUUUCCAUGCUGGAAGUGGCAUAACAUUCACCUUGGCAGAGAAAAGUUCUUCUCUCGCAUGGUGAAAUGGUGGUUCUUGUGGUAUUGAGAGAGAAAGAGAAUUUUACCGUAUUUCUUGGCUCUCUGUGGAACACAUCCAUGGAGACUUCUAACUGCAAUCAUACGGCUAACCAUCCAUGUCUUCCUCACACGGGAAUAAAAAGACGUAAUGUCGUCAGCAUCGAGUCAUUGUCCAUGUUACUCUUGAUGGGUGCGCAUCUCGUGUGUUCUUGCGCUACAUUCUCGAGUUCUUCCCUCGACUAAACACCGCCAAUUGCUCAAUGUUCUUGCACAUCUUCCGUGAUUUUUGAAUUUUGUGCUUUUUAGAAUAUUUUCUUCUUUCUCUAUUUUUGUUGGUUUUUGUUUUUUUGGAUUUUGCCAGAAUUAUUUUUUUUUUGGUUCGUUUUCCGUGCAAGUGUCCUCGUUCGAGUGGUGGUGAGAAGUGGAGAGUGCAAUAGCCACUUGUUGGUCCUGGAAGAGACAAUAUCAGGUGCGCAUCUUUUGGACAAAAGGGAAUACCGCAAAAGGGGAAGGCAGUGUUUUUAAGUGCAAAGAAAAGAUAUUUCCUACCUGGGAUUAAGUGACCAAAAAGUGAGCCAUUUUCGAGGUCAAGGAGUUCAUCGGAGAAAUUAAACAAAUCACAUCAUGACAUGGAAAUAUGUAGGCAUCGUGAUACUAUCGAUAGUUCUUAAGUACACCCAUGCGAGAAUUGCAUUCGAGAAGCUCACGGACUUUGAUUUUCCCGGCACAACCUACUACAGUGUGAAGAAUCUAUCCCUAUACGAGUGCCAGGGAUGGUGUCGAGAGGAACAAGAUUGCCAAGCGGCGGCUUUCAGCUUUGUGGUGAAUCCACUAACACCGGAUCAGGAGACACUGUGUCAACUGCAGAAUGACUCCAAUGCGCACAAUCCCACCGCCAUUCCCCAAAGAUCAUCAUCCAUGUAUUACAUGGUCAAAGUUCAACUCCGAUCGGACAACAUUUGCAUGCGGCCCUGGGCAUUUGAGAGGAUCCCCAACAAGAUCAUCAGAGGCUUGGACAAUGCCCUCAUCUAUACCAGCACCAAGGAAGCCUGUCUGUCAGCCUGUCUCAAUGAGAAGCGCUUUGUCUGUCGAUCAGCUGAAUACGACUACAACAACAUGAAAUGUGUCCUUUCGGAUUCCGAUCGGAGAUCAACAGGACAAUUUGUCCAACUGGUAGAUGCUCAAGGAACGGAUUAUUUUGAGAAUUUGUGCCUAAAACCUGCGCAAGCUUGCAAGAAUUCGAGGCUAUUCCAAGUGCCUAGGAUAGGGGUGUCUGACGAAAAGGUGGCUCAAUACGUGGGGAUCCAUUACUACACAGACAAGGAGUUGCAAGUAUCUUCGGAGGAUGCUUGUAGGCUAGCUUGUGAAAUUGAGACAGAAUUCCUCUGUCGAUCCUUCCUGUACCUGGGAAGGCCUCAGGGGACCACCUACAACUGUCGCCUGUACCAUUUGGACCACAAAACCCUACCAGAUGGACCUUCAACGUACCUAAAUGGCGAAAGACCCUUGAUUGACCGAGGAGAACCUACUGGACAGUACUUUGAGAAUUUAUGUGAAAAAUCAAGCAUAUCAUCACCGACCGGUCAACCGGAUUCAACACUUCCAGUUGUCUUUGACACGGUUGAAGAUUCAUCCAUCAACAACUUCACAAGAACUGACGCCAAUUGUGACAAGACAGGCACAUGCUACGAUGUUGAGGUCCAUUGCAAAGACACCCGGAUAGCUGUACAAGUAAGAACCAGCAAGCCAUUUAACGGGCGCAUUUAUGCAUUGGGACGUUCUGAGACAUGCAACAUCGAUGUGAUCAAUUCGGAUGCCUUCAGACUGGAUCUCACGAUGGCCGGCCAAGAUUGCAACACCCAGAGCGUAACGGGUGUGUACACCAACACAAUUGUCCUCCAGCACCAUUCGAUCGUGAUGACGAAAGCAGACAAGAUUUACAAAGUCAAAUGCACCUACGAUAUGAGUUCCAAGAACAUCACUUUCGGCAUGAUGCCCAUUCGUGAUCCUGAAAUGAUCCACAUCAAUUCAUCACCCGAAGCACCGCCACCGCGUAUCCGGAUUCUCGAUGCGCGAAAUCGUGAAGUUGAGACUGUUCGAAUUGGCGAUCGACUCACGUUCAGAAUUGAAAUUCCAGAAGACACACCCUACGGAAUUUAUGCAAGAUCUUGUGUUGCCAUGGCAAAGGAUUCCAAGAGCACUUUCCAAAUCAUCGACGAUGAGGGUUGUCCUGUCGAUCCUACAAUUUUCCCUGGCUUCACACCAGACGGACACGCCCUGCAAUCUAUCUACGAGGCCUUCCGAUUUACGGAAAGCUAUGGAGUGAUCUUCCAGUGCAAUGUCAAAUACUGCUUAGGACCAUGUGAACCUGCUGUCUGCGAAUGGGGACGAGAUUCAAUUGAAUCCUGGGGCCGAAAGAGACGUUCAAUUGCCUCAAAUGACACCGCAGUGGACGAGACAGACGAAGAGGAUAUGAACAUCUCACAAGAAAUUCUUGUAUUGGACUUUGGUGAUGAGAAAAACAGCGACUACAUGAAGAGCGAGGCUAGUGCGGACUUUGGCGAUAAAACGGUGACAAUAAUUGAACCUUGCCCAACAAAGACCUCCGUGAUGGCCCUCACAAUAACCUGCAUCCUCAUGGUGUUGAUUUACCUUUUGGCCUUCUUCCACUUCUACGUAAAGAAGUGGCUGCAACCUCAAAAAACCGUCAUCUAAUUCAUCAUCACGCAAACCUCCGCGCUGGAGGAAUUUCAUGAGCACGAGACGAAGAAAUUGGGAUGAUAAAAAAAAAACACAAGACACACAACACUCACCUAGUUGGUACGUAAAAGAAUAAGGGUUAAAAAAAAAGACAAAUGAGAAAAAAAAUCAAGGAGAACGAGAAAGAGGUGAAGAUGUUUAAGAACAAAUGCUAGUUAUUUUAUAGGAAUUUUCCUCCUAUUCUCUCUUCACAAAGGCUACAAAAAAAAACAUGGAUUUUUUUUUUAAUUUAUAGCGAAAAAUCACAAAAAAAAUCAUUCGCAUCAUCACCUUUUUUAUAUUAUAAUUUUUUUUUUAAUUUGUAGUAAUGUUUUAGCAGGUAGAAUUUAAUUAUUUACGAUUUCCUUCAUUUACUUCUUUCUUUUUUUUUUGUAAUAAUCAAACUGGGGGUUUGAGCAUUUUCUAUAGAGUUUGUUCGACGGUGUUUCUCUUUGGUGGAUACGAUGCCCUUUUCUUGCGUGGAGAUCAUGUCCACAGAAGACCCGUAUCUAUUAAUGUGAUAUUUAAGAAAUUCCUUCAAAAAUAAACACCGACACCAACAAACUCUCAUAGAGACUGCGGGCUUUUUUUUUCUAAUUAAACAAAAAAAUUAAAUCAAUAAAAGAAAAACUAAAAAUCAUUUUUAUACAUCUAAAAGUGACCUUUCAUGAAUUUAUCGUGAGUGAAAAACAAAAACAAUUUUAAAAAUUAUAAUAUAAAUAUUUAGCUAACACAUUUUCUUAGAGUUCCCAAUGAAAGAAUUUUAUAGAAAAACAAAACGACAAAUAAGAAUAAAAAUUCUAGAUAUGAAAAACAAAAAA